AUGGACCCCUCCCUGUUUACCAGCCAAUCGCCCGGCGAUCUCGUCUCGAUCGAGACCGUCUGGGGGAAGGACUACGCCUACGUCCCGCACCCGCUGCCGCCGGCUUGGGAGUUUCCGAUCGAGGUCUGGCCGCUGCUCAACGAGGCGACCAACCGGCUGAGUCUGUUGGAAGGGAUUGGGGGCACACUCCCCAACCCCGGGCUCUUGCUGCGUCCCCUCCGUGACCGUGAGGCAAUCCGCUCAUCGGAGAUCGAGGGGACCUACGCCAACCCCCGUGAGUUGUUGCUGUUCGAACUCAAGCCGCGGGAGUCGCAGUCGGCGGAAGACCCGGCAAAUGACCAGCGCGAAGUGCUGAACUACCGGCGGGCUUUGGAACAUGCCGAGCAGACCGAGCUACCGCUCUGUCUGCGACUGCUGCGCGAACUGCACCACAUCUUGUUGACAGGCGUGCGUGGCGCCGACCGCACGCCGGGUGAGUUCCGCCGUCUGCAAGCGUUCUUGCAUCGCAAGGAUCGACCGUACCAUCCUUUGGUCGAUUGCUUCUUGGCGCACUAUCAGUUCGAGACGAUCCACCCGUUCGCGGACGGCAACGGCCGUGUGGGUCGGCUGUUGUUAUCGAUCAUGGUGCAGCAAGCUUGUGGACUGUCGAAGCCGUGGUUGCACCUCAGCGAGUUUUUCGAGAGCCGCCGUGAAGAAUACUACGGCGGACUGUUCGGCAUCAGCACCGAUGGCGAUUGGAGCCGCUGGAUCGCGUAUUGCCUGGAAGGCGUCGCGUCACAAGCGACGACAACGGUCGAACGCUGUAAACGACUUCUGAAUGCCCGUGAGGACUUCAAGAACCGCGCUCAAGCGAUCGGUGGAUCGGUGCGGCUGCAAGGGAUUGUCGAUGGCGUCUUUGAGUCGCCAUUGGUGCGGAUCACCGAGUUGCGCGACCGCUUCAACAUCGACUACAAAACGGCGCGCACCGACGUUGAAAAGCUUGUUGCAGCCAAGAUCCUCGCUGAGCUGCCCGACCAGUAUCCCAAGACCUACUACGCCCCCGAGAUCUUCGCGAUCGCGUACGAAGGCCUUGA